AUGGACGGAAAACAAUACACGUUUAACGGAUUAGGAGAAUACCAACUACUCAAUUUACAAAAUAAUUAUGUUGACGUACAGGCUAGAACAUCUCAAGCUCUUAUUAAUGGUACACGUUCAGCUAAAGCUACCGUAUUUUCGGCUUUUGCUGCUAAGCAGAAUAAUUCAGAUGUUAUCCAAGCAACACUCAAUGAUCAAAAUAACGGCCUAGAUAUUCUCGUCAAUGGCAACAUACCUUUAACAUUAAACGAUUUAAGUCAAAAUGAAACUCGUGAAUAUAAUAACGUCGACUUAGCCCUAUCUCAAAAUGGAUCGUUAGUUGUUGCGUUUUCAUCGGGUACCAGCUUAGAAGUCACUGUCUUACCUGGUCUAAUCAGUAUAGCAGUCAACGCUCCAGCUUCUUUGCAAGGUAAUUCUAAGGGUUUGCUUGGUGUAUGGAACGGCAAUAUGAACGAUGAUUUUACACGUCCCGAUGGCAGUAAGAUUUUAAUUAAUGCUACUGAAUUCGAAAUUUAUUAUGAUUUCGGAGAGAAAUGGAAAAUUAAUGAAACUCAAUCAUUAUUCACUUAUCCUCCUGGAACAACAUAUCAAAACUUCACGGAUCCCGACUUUCUACCGCUAUUUUCGGAUAAUAUUACUGCCUUAUUCGGUGGCGAUAAUGACUUAUAUCAACAAGCAUUAAGUUCAUGUGGUAACAAUAUCCCAUGCUUGUAUGAUGCUAGUCAAACUCUAAAUGUAGAAUUAGCUGUACAAGGUAAAGAUACAGCUGACGGCUACCAAGAAGCGGAAAAUCAAGCAGAAAAUUUCCCACCUGUUAUUACUGGACCUACUACACUAAAUGUUACCUUUGGAGAAGUCUACACUACAGCAUUAAGCGUGUCUGAUCCUAAUACUGGCGAUACUGUGACUGUUACUGCAGAUAGCGUUCCUCCAGGUGCAUCAUUUAAUCCUACAAGUUAUCAAUUUACUUGGAAUGUUAGUACUUACACCAAUAUUAGCAUCCAAAUCGUGGCCAAAGAUUCUAAGAACGCAGCCAGUAUCUACAGUCCUGCACAAAUUAUCAUGUGCUAUUGCGCUAACGGUGGAACUUGCGACUACACUGGAGAAACCAUAGAAGAUGGUAGCGUAUCUCAGGUCCCAUGUAUUUGUUCGGAUGGAUGGACCGGAGAUCAUUGCACUUUCGACUUUGAUAGCUGUGCUAAUUUCCCAUGUUACGAGAAUGUAACUUGUACAGAUAAUGUAGCUCCAUUAACCGGUUAUACAUGCGGCAGUUGCCCACAAGGUUAUACAGGAGAUGGUAUAUUGUGCUCUGAUUUCGAUGAAUGCGCUAGUUCAGCCACAAACAGCUGUCAACAAGUCUGUGUCAACACCAUCGGAGGCUAUACCUGCGAUUGUCAAUCUGGUUAUCAAUUAAACGCUGAUGGAAAGACUUGCUUAGAUGCUGAUGAGUGCUUCAAGAACUCACAGAUAUGUGGCCAAAUCUGUACCAAUACCAAUGGCAGUUAUAUCUGCUCUUGUCAUUCUGGAUUUAACCUCAACAGCGAUAAUAAAAGUUGCAUAGCGGCCACCACAUGUAGUAGCAAUAAUAAUUGUUCUGAGUCUUGUACUCUUAUCAACGGCAAAGAUCAAUGUGCAUGUAAGAAUGGAUAUAUAUUGCAGCCCGAUGGCGUUAGUUGCAAAGAUCGGGAUGAAUGUGCAGAUAAGAUAGAUACAUGUCAAAUGUUAUGUAAUAAUACUAUCGGCGGAUAUCAAUGCAGCUGCUCAAGCGGAUAUUCACUUAACGUAGACGGAAAAACAUGCUCUGAUAUAAAUGAAUGUAGUACAUUCAAUGCUUGUCAUUCCAACGCCAACUGUCAAAAUACACCUGGAUCUUAUACAUGUUCAUGUAAUUCAGGUUAUACAGGAAAUGGCAAGACUUGUACCGCUCCGAAAAUAGCUUAUGAAGAUCACGAUAGGCAAGAGCUUUUAAACCUCAUGUUGUCGCUAUUUCAUUCUAGUAUAGCAUUGGUCAAUAUGUCUGAGAAUAAUAGCUAA